UGUUGCUAUUAUUACUGUUAAUUUAUCACAGUUAUGUUCUAUUUUGUGUUUUGUUGAAGUGUAUGUAUUUAUGUUGAUAGUUAAUGUCGAUGACCUGUUUUUAGUUUAAUUAUGGCAUAUUGUGAAGAAGUAGAAUACAUGGAUAUAUCGUUAAAUUCGGAAAAAAAUGAAACAACAUCCUUUGGGAAAAAGUUUCAUAUUAAUCGCACUCCAACUCCUCUGAAACCGUCACGUCACUGGUGCAUGUCUACAGAACUUUUGCGUUCUCAAUACAAGACUAACAAUGUACGCAAAAAAAAAGUUUAUAAUCCUUUUGAUGAUAAUUUAAUGCAACGACUGGGUGAAACCACAAUCAGCCCUACGGUAUUCGCCAAUGUGAGAAGUCCAGGACAAGAAGUUGAGUUUGGAUGGAAUAUAGAUGAUGUAUCUAAAUUAAACCCAGUGCAUAUAGAAGAUGAAUGUAUAGUAGAUGAGGAUCAAGUUGAUGAUGAAACAGAAUCUAAGUUACAAGAGACUAUCAAUAAAUAUUUUUGUUCAACGCAUAAAGUUCCUAGCCCUUGGAAUAAUCAAGUUGUUGAUUGGGAAACUCAUAAAAAUUCAUCAUCUACACCCAUAUCAAAUAAACAAAUCCAGAAAUCUGUGUCUUAUAGUCGCGAAGUUUCUACACAAACAAAUUUAAGUUUUCCUUCCAUAUUACCUGAUCAUGUUGAAGAAAUACUAAAACCAUACUUCUUGAAUUCAACUAAAAAAUAUGAAGAAGAAAUAAGUCCUACAAAAGACAACUCAAAUUUACGCCGCAAAUUAUUUUUUAUGAAUGAUAACGAUGACCCAAUUUCUCCAGUAGGAAUACGCAGAAAUCUGUCAGUUAGCCCAUUAACAAAGAGUUUUAUUAAAACCAUUAAUUCAAAAGGACCAGUACUUGGAAAUCAUUUAGGCGUACAAGAACUACCUAAAGACUGUCAUAUUCCUAUUGAUGUAUCUCCAAUAAUAAAUAAAAACGAUAGGGAAAAUACUCCCCCCAACCAUAAAAACAAAGAUUUUAUUUUUUUGACUCCGGUAUCUACAAUGUCAAUGCCGAAACGUCGACGCACUGAAAAAAGUAGUUUAAUGAUGGAAAACAGCUCAGAUACUGGUUACCAAACUAUGACUAUGAGCAUUAAGGAAAUGUCUAGUAUGGUACCAUUUGGAAAUAGUUCCAAAAAUAUAAUGUUUACUGCAUCUACGCCCACAGAACGAUGAUUCUGAAUAAUGAUGGUAUACAUUUUUUUUUUAAUCGCUUUUUAACAUUAACUAUUGGUACAUUUUACAUUUUUGUAAUCAGGACAAACUUAAAGUCAAUCAUUAGAAUGAUUAAAUACUUAUCCUUUAUUAGUAUACGUAACUGUGAUGAUUUUAGUAUCCAUUUUAUGAAAACAAAAUUGUUAACCUGUCCUUUUUUUAUAAUUCAAACAAGUUUAUAAAAAAAAAUAAAAGCUAUUAUA